AUGGCAAGUUUAGACGCCUUGGCUUCCACGGCGCUGUUGCUGUCAUUCGUCUUCGGCGUUGCAGACACCGUGCGGCCUCUGAAGGAAGGGCCCCUGAUGGGGGCUGACGGGAGACAGUACAAAUCUGCUCCGCUGCCAGUUGAUGCUCCUGUAGAGGAAGUCUCGACGAAUGGCAGCCCCACUGUCCGUGUUCAGUGCACAGGUUCGACCAUGAUGAUAAUAAUAAAAGCUGACCUCUACAAUAAUGGACGGCAGGUGCGUCCCGAGGAGCUGUCUGUGGGCCAGACCCCACAUGCAGGACCAGCCUACUGCCAAGCCUCCGCUGCCAGCGACGCAGAAUAUGUCAUUGAGGUUGGGCUGCAUGACUGCGGCUCCAAGCUGACUAUAUUCGAAGACUCGGUGGUGUACUCGAACCAGCUGGUUUAUUCGCCCGACAGCGCCGGUCACCACAGCAUCACACGGACGACCAGUGCUGUCGUUCCCGUUUCCUGCCACUACAGGAAGACCCACUUUGUGAGCAGUGUCGCUUCACAGCAGUCCGCCCCUGCAAAGCACUCACCAGUGCCCUCGGGCUUCUCGUUAAAACUAAUGACCGAUGACUGGAGAAGUGAGAGGCCCUCCAACAUCUUCUACCUUGGCGAUGCCCUGCACCUGCAAGCAUCUUACACUGGUCCAAAUUACCUUAGCAGGCGGCUCUUCAUUGACAACUGCGUCGCCACUCUGGAACCUGACGCAGCGUCGCUGCCCAGAUACUACUUCAUUGAAAACCAUGGGUGCUUAGUGGACGCUAAAGAUGAGGGCUCGAACUCUCACUUCCGACCUCAAAACAGGGCUCAUGUGCUUCAGCUGCACCUGGAUGCCUUCCUGUUCCAGCAGGAUCGGAGGACCUCGGUUUUCAUUACGUGCCAGCUGACUGCUGCUGCUGCAGAGCGGAGCACCCCGCUCAGCAAGGCCUGCAACUACACCCAUUCAAGGUGGACUAAUGUGGACGGCGAUGAUGAGGCGUGUCAGUGCUGCGAGGGCGUCUGUCAGGAAGGCUCCCCCAGAUGGAACAGCAGGACUAGUAUUGGGCGUCUCAUCUCUAGCGCAUCCCCAUCAGACCCCCGCCUCUCGGACUUGACCCUGUGA